GGAGAGGAGAGGAGCGGUUGGGAUAGAGAUAGAGAUAGAGAAAGUGACAGUGACAGUGCUGGCGAAAAACCGAAAGUGAAAAUUGAAUACGAGUACGAGCAGAAUCAACGGGCGCGGAUCCUUCAGCCGUAAACUGUUGAAUAUAGAAUGACGCUGCUGACAAAAAUCAAUGUGAAGCACAAAGCAGCAACAGCAGCAGUAACGGUAACAACAGCCAGGAUCCCCAGCCAGCAGCGCCGCCGCUCCCCCACAUAGAGAUAAGUCUAAGGAUAACGGACAACGGAUAACGGACAAAAAGCGAGUGAGAGAGCGAGCAAAAAGCAAGCACUAGAAGCUGAGAAGCGGAGAACCUGAGAACCGGAGAAGCGGAAGGACCCUUUAAGUGCAACAAUCGCCGAAUUCUCCACCAUCAUCACACACAGAAAGCACCCCCGCCCACCACCACCACCACCACCCCACGAAACGAAGUGCUGUCCUUUUUAUUAGUAACUGUUGAGGGCCGAGAGACAAAAGCGAAAUGAAGCCGUCGGAUUUGUUGUUGGUGCUAGAGAAGGUCAAGUUCAGGGUGCCUCUGCCGCCGGGAGUCAGCUCGACGACGCUCCUGCCCAAGCUCAUCCGCACCAAGGACGUGAAGCAGCUGCAGGACGGCAACGCACAGCCACAGAAGCCCAAGCUAACGAAAUGUCUCAACACCUUGGACCUGACCUCGCUGGGCAUCGGUUCCUGCUGCGGCACGGGCAUGUACCUGGUGGCCGGCAUGGUGGCCCAGAAGAUAGCCGGACCCGGAGUGAUUAUUAGUUUUAUUAUAGCCGCCAUAGCGAGUAUUUUCUCAGGCGCCUGCUAUGCAGAGUUUGGCGUUCGUGUGCCACACACAUCCGGCUCGGCCUAUAUGUAUUCAUAUGUGGCGGUUGGAGAAUUCGUAGCUUUUAUAAUUGGUUGGAACAUGAUAUUGGAAUAUCUAAUAGGAACAAGUGCCUGUGCCUGUGCGUUAAGUUCUAGUUUCGAUUCCCUGACCGGCAAUGCCAUAGCGCGAACGAUAAGCGAGUCCAUCGGCACGAUAUUCGGUAAACCACCGGACUUUAUUGCCUUCGGCAUUACGCUGCUCAUGACCUGCGUUUUGGCGAUGGGUGCCAGCAAGUCAGUCAUCUUCAAUCACUCCCUCAACGCCGUUAACCUGGCCACGUGGGUGUUCGUAAUGGCCGCCGGGCUGUUCUACGUGGACACGAAGACGUGGUCGGAGCACCAGGGAUUCCUGCCCUACGGCUGGAGUGGUGUGUUUUCCGGUGCUGCAACCUGUUUCUACGCAUUUAUCGGUUUCGAUAUUAUCGCGACCACCGGCGAGGAGGCGCACAAUCCGCAGAAGAGCAUUCCGAAGGCGAUCGUUGGUUCCCUGGUCGUCGUGCUAAUCGCCUACGUUAGCGUUAGUCUAGUCCUAACAUUAGUGGUUCCCUACGAUCACAUCAACACGGGAGCGGCGCUGGUCCAGAUGUGGUCCUACGUGAAUGCCCCCAAGUGCCGGGCGGUGGUGGCCAUCGGAGCCACCGCAGGACUCUCGGUGGCCAUGUUCGGCUCGAUGUUCCCCAUGCCGCGCGUCAUCUAUGCGAUGGCCCAGGAUGGCUUGAUCUUCAGACAACUAUCGCAGCUGUGGCAGCGCACCAAUGUGCCCGGACUGGCGACCAUUGGCAGUGGAGUGGCCGCCGCCCUGGUGGCGCUCACCGUGCGCCUGGAGAUCCUCGUCGAGAUGAUGUCCAUCGGCACCCUGCUGGCCUACACUUUGGUGUCCACCUGUGUGCUGGUGCUGCGCUACCAGCCGCACAGCACCUCGCUGGUGGAGCUGCUGCCCGCCCAGCUGCGCACCCCGGUGGCGCCCGGAACGGCCAGCGAUUCCCGCUCGCAUGUGACGCCCGCCGAGGUGCUCGAGGUGCCAGGGAAGCUGACCAUCAAGCGGGUGACGCGCGGCAUGUCCGACUCGGACGACUCGUUCAUCGACGACAGCCCCGAGGGAUUUCUGGGCGGGCGGGACGACCAGUUCCUGGUCUCCGAUCGCUCCGAGAACAAGUUCUACGGCAGCGUGCAUGGCGCACCCACCGGGCCCACCGGCCAGGCGACCGCCUUCGAUGCCAUGGGCCUGAACUUCGUCACCCGGAAGAUCCACGACUACGCGUACCUGUGCCCCGGCUUCUUUCCCUGGAUAAAUCCCGGCCAGGCCACCGCCGAGAGUGGCAUGUACGUCACCAAGCUAGUGGGCAUCAUGUUCGGUCUCAUAUUCUUCCUGGACCUCUUCGCGGCCAUUGGGUGGUCCGGUGGCCUCGCCGCCUUCAUUUAUUUCAUUUUGUUUAUCGGCAUAUUUGUGAUACUAUUGAUUAUAUCGAGGCAGCCGCAGAAUAGAUAUGCGCUGGCCUUCCUCACGCCCGGACUCCCCUUCAUCCCGGCCAUCGCCAUCACCGUGAACAUCUAUCUGAUAUUCAAGCUGAGCAUCCUCACGCUGGUCCGCUUCACCGUGUGGAUGUCCCUGGGCUUCGUCAUGUACUUCUACUACGGCAUCACGCACAGCAGCCUCGAGCAGACCAGCGACGAUCUGGAGCUGCAUGUCGACUAUAGCAAAAACGUCGAGGAGAAGGCCGUGUGGGAUCAGCAAUCGUACAACCAGACCCACGAACCCGUUUGGGCCAGCAAGGAGGUGAAGCAGCCUUCGACAGAACAACGCUACAACUACGGAAAGACCACGGCGUCCUCGUCAUCGGCUCAGGGCAGCUCGAGGAGCGGACAUGGCAGUGCGCCGGAGAAGCCACCGGGCAGGAGUGGCACUGGUGGCCACAACCGGCCGGUUCCACCUCCCCCGAUCGCUGGCCAGGCGAAGGGAUCGGGAUCGGGAUCGGGAACGGGCAGUGGGCCACCGAUGGAACGCCAGUAUACCGGGCAGUUCAGCAUGUUCGUGGACGAGGGCCAGUUCCCCACGUGGGAGGACUAAGCGAUAUCUCACAUAUAUACCAGUCCCAGUUCCAAUCCCUUUUCCUUAUCACCAACCCCAUGCCCCCUGAUUCCCGAGUGAAGCUCCAUCAAGGAAUGGCAACCCAAGGACUAGUUUUCCGGAUCUGGGUGCAGCUCACUCACACUCACUUGUAAAUACGAUUAGAGAUGUUAGGUUUAACCAUAUGGCGAUGCGUGUUGCAGAUGUCGUUACCGAAUUGCAGAUGCAUACCCCGUAUACAAGGCAUGUGCCCCGGGCGACGGAGUCACUGUUCACUGCACUCCGUUCGACCCCCAGUGAGGUCACCGUUAUACACCCCAUACCAUAUACAAUACAUAAUAUAUACACAUAUAUAUAUAUAUAUAUUGAUUAUACAAGCAAAUAUAUAUUUACAUAUAUAGCGAUGGGUUAUUAGUUCAGCAAAGAGUUACAGUGCAAAGUUGCCGAAAUUCCAAUUACCCAAACCUUGAAACCAAGCGAUAGACGAUAAGCAAAACCACAGACGGCAGAUAACCGAUAACAAAAAACAGCAAACAGAUAACCGAGAUAACCGAUAACCAAUGAACGAUUGUGCUCAACUUCGAUUGGCAGGCGUUUUGGGUGACGUUGGUCAAUCGGCUUUCAGCACAGGAAUCAGGAAGGCAUACACAAUAAUACUAGUGCAUAUUUCUGAA